CGCACCGCCACAGCAAUCCUGGCCAUGGCGGACCAACCCAAGAAAGGCGUGGCCAACGUUACGCGCAAGACAUGGGACAAAGCAUUCUUUGCUCAGCAAGCGGCGUUAAGAGCGGCUGGGGGCCUGGAAGAAGAAGAAAAGAAAACCAAGCGGAUCGAUCCAGCACGCGAGGAAUUCCAGCCUGCUGCUGAAGAUGCCGCGGGUCCUGCGGGCUCGGUUCGAGCAUUCUUGAAGGCCAGGACAAAGAAGGUCGAGUUGGAUUCAAACGUGGGGAAAAUCACCGUCAUUAAGCCCGAUGACGCGAUGCGAGCCACGGGAUACUUUUGCGAAGUAUGUGAAGUCACACUGAAGGACUCAGUCUCGUAUAUCGACCACGUCAACGGCAAAAAGCACCUGCGAAAGCUCGGCUACAGUAUGCGUGUGGAGCAGUCGUCAGUUGAGUCGGUAAAAGAUCGCUUGAAUGCCGCCGCAAAGCGCAAAUGGAACCCCGAGAUUUCCAAGAAGCUCGAUGCUGUUGAAGCGUACGAGAAGAAGAUGGCGGCUCUGGAGGAGGAAGCGCAGGCGAAGAAGGCCAAGAAGAAGGAGGCAAAGACCCCGGCGCCUGCCAUGGAUGUCUUUGCGUCUGCAGAAGAGGAAGCCAUGAUGGCCGCCAUGGGAUUUGGCGGCUUCCACUCGACCAAGAAGAAAUAGUCGCCACGUGUCCGUGAAACACAAUUAAUAGCCAAUAGAAUACGCCAUUGCCACCAAUAAUUCCGGCAAAUGUUUUUAUUAU